CUAUACAUAUACAAGUACAUAAAAUAUAUAAAACGCGAAUGUGUGCACGAGUCUCUUCGUUUCGCGCUGCUGCAGCGCACGCACAACAUCUAGCAUAAGAGAAAGAGAUAGAGAGUGUAACAGCAGCAGCAGCAGCAACGCAAAGAUAGCAGCUCAGGCAAUUUCGCGAGAGACGGAGAGAAAGAGAGAGAGAGAGGAGCAGCAGCAGCGCGAAGUUACCGCCGCCGCCGUCGCCGCCACAGUAGUAGUCAGUCAGUCAGUCGGCCCCCGGAGGACGCGAGCGUAGGCGACGACGACGACGACGACGACGACGUAGACGUCGACGACAUAUACAACACAUCAUCGUCGUUAUCGACUGCACACAAUUUAUCUUCUUCUUUCAACGUGUAAAGUCACUUUCGCGCAUAUGCAUAAUCAUUACAUAUCUAAAAUUCGCAGAGUAUAGUAGGGAAAGAGAGUAUCUGCUGCUCCGAAAGAGAAGCAACCCCCGUGGUGAUCGAGUGAGUUUUCGCGCACGCACAUUGUGAUAUAGUGGUUAUUACAUAGUAAUACACAUCGUCUCUCACAUCGUUGCGAGGCAAAAAAUCGAAGAGACUCUUGAAUCAGCCGCAGGUAUUGCAUACUUUAUUAAUAAAAAGAAAACAACAAUAAAACGAGGAAGGCUUUGCCACAGUGAAUUAACGUAUUUUACGCGUGCGUGCGAUACAUUGUAGAGGAGAGAAGAAGUUAAAAAAGAAGAAAGAGGAGGCACGAAAUGGCGGGCCAGACGAUCAACGACAGGCUCUUGGCUGCCAGGCACAGUCUCGCUGGCCAGGGCUUGGCCAAGGCCGUCUGCAAGGCCACCACCGAGGAGAUGAUCGGACCCAAGAAGAAACACUUGGAUUAUUUGGUACACUGUACGAACGAGCCGAACGUGUCGAUUCCACAACUUGCAAAUUUGCUAAUCGAGCGGUCGCAAAAUACAAACUGGACGGUGGUCUUCAAAGCACUCAUCACAGCGCAUCACCUUAUGUGUUACGGGAAUGAACGAUUUACACAGUACCUCGCUUCGAGCAACAGUACGUUUCAACUCAGUAAUUUUCUGGACAAAAGCGGCGUGCAAGCUGGUGGACCAGGAGCGCGCAUUGGCUAUGACAUGUCACCUUUCAUCAGGAGGUACGCGAAAUAUUUGAACGAGAAAGCUCUAUCUUACCGAACAGUUGCAUUCGAUUUUUGCAAAGUGAAAAGAGGGAAAGAGGAUGGUACUCUGCGCACAAUGAACGCCGAAAAAUUGUUGAAAACGUUGCCGGUGCUACAGGCUCAACUCGAUUCGCUGCUCGAAUUCGACUGCUCGUCCAACGAUCUUACUAAUGGUGUUAUCAAUAUGACAUUCAUGUUGCUCUUCCGAGAUCUCAUCCGAUUAUUCGCCUGUUAUAACGAUGGAAUUAUUAAUUUAUUAGAAAAAUACUUUGAUAUGAACAAGAAACAAUGCCGAGAUGCUUUAGAUUUAUACAAAAAAUUCCUCAUCAGAAUGGACAAAGUUGGAGAAUUUCUGAAAGUUGCAGAGAACGUUGGUAUCGACAAAGGAGACAUUCCAGAUCUUACAAAGGCCCCCAGUAGUUUACUAGAUGCUCUGGAACAACAUCUUGCUUCAUUGGAAGGUCGAAAAGGUUCUUUAGCCAACACGCCAACUCAAUCGGCAAGCAAUAGAACAAAUGUUAAGUCCGGAGUGUCCGCCCUAUCUUCCACCAGUACCGCUUUUGGAACGGCUGCUAGCAACCAACGGCUCGAGAGCACAGGCAACGGCCACAUAGACGAGGCUCUGAGGCAACAGGUCCUUGCAGAAGAGGAAGCAGCUAUGAACCAGUACAAGGCCAAAGUUCAGUCUCCAACGGGUGGACCCAGCACGAAUCCAUUUUUGAUGAGCUCUCCAACCACCGCUCAGCCCAUUGUUGAUCUUUUUGGUGGCGGAGCACCUGCUCCGGAUCAGAAAGCAUCGGAUGACUUAUUACAGUUGGCUGGAAAUCCGUUCGCUGACAUGUUUGGUGCUCCAGCACCGCAGGCGGUUACAGCACAACCCGUCCCAGUGCAGAACAAUAUGUGGAUGACCAAUGGUAAUGGUUUCGCCACGGUACCACCAGCUACUAAUAACUUUGUUACAGAUAAUAACUUCACUUCGGUCUUUGGAAAUCAAGACCAGCAAGCGGCUGCUGUCCCAGGAGCUGGCAUCGUACCGAAUCCUUUCGCUUCCGAUUUUCCGCCACCACCCUCGGUCCCCCAAGCUGUCUCGGCCUUUCACGAACAACAACAACAACAGCAACAAAAUCACCAUCAACAUCCGCCAGCGCGACCACAACAGCCACAUCCAGCACAUCUUCGGGCACAGCCAUCGCCACAGCCACCGCAACAACAGAUCCCUCACGUGGACGAGCUCGGUGGAGCAGCGUCAGCGACUGGAGACCUGUUCAGUGCCGAUAAUACCACGACUAACCCGGUGCCGGUGGUGGCCGAUCUCUUCGGAGCCGACGCGGCAUUGCCCGAGGACGUGCCUAAGCUCGCCGUGGCCACGGUCACUGCUGCGCCGCCCCCUAGACCGCCACCACCCGGUUCCACUCCUCGCACGGUUUCUCCUGCACCUCCCAAAUCGGCACUGGACGAUCUCAACGAUACCAUAUUGGCGGCACUGGGCGGGUCUCCUCAGCGAGCAACACCGAUAGCACAACAACAACAGCAGCAGCAACAGCAACAACAGCCACAGACGCAGCAGCAACAACAGCAAACAGCAGUGGGAGCAACGAUACAACAGCUGCAGCAGCAGCAGCAGACAUUCGCAGCUUUUGACGAUAUGAUGCAGCAUCAGCAACCGAUGAUGAUGCCCUUUGGUUACGGAGUUGCUCCCUCCCAAGCCCAACCUCCCAUGGGAUACGGAUCCCCGGCUAAGCAGCCGAUGCCAGGUAUUGACGGUUAUGGUCCGAUCCUCAUACCCCUGAGUUCAGUCGUGUCUGCAGCUAGUCACGUUUCAGCCGUAGCUGGUCAGUUGGCCAAUAACGCCGGGGGCGUGGCAGGCGCACCGGGCAAGGUCCUCACCGGCGACCUCGACAGCAGCCUUGCCAGUCUAGCUGAAAAUCUGACCAUCAACAAGAGCGCCCAACAGCAAGUCAAGGGCAUGCAAUGGAACUCACCAAAAAAUACCGCCAAAGCUGGUGGACCAGCCGGUGGAUGGACUCCGCAACCGAUGGCCGCGACGACCGGAGCUGGUUAUCGUCCUAUGGGACAAGGAAUGACGCAAAUGCCCGCUGCCACGACUAUGGGCUUCCCAAGUCAACCGCUGGGUAUACAAGGCAUGCCGAUGCAGGCAAUGCCCCAGGGGAUGCCUCAGGCGCCGGCGGGUGUCCGGCCCAUGGCACCAGCGACCGCGCCGAUGAUGAUGCCGGGCCAGGUACCGAUGCAGCAGCCCAUACAGCAGCAACCCCAGGCUCAGCAGCCGCCCCAGAACAACCAGGUUCAACUGGAUCCGUUCGGUGCUCUGUGAGCUGGCUAGGAAUUCAACUGGAAGUAAAUCGAGUUCAGGAAUUAAAGCACCGAUUCUUGUAAAUACUCUGUAAUGUUAUCCAAUAUAUUAUCAGAGAUGUUCAAUGCCCGUGGCUAUAUCUACCUCUUACUCGCAACGCGUCCUAAUACAAUAUAUAUAUACAGAGCAUCGGACCAUCUUUCAUCGAGGGAUGCUAAGACCUUGUUGUUUCUUCACGUCAGCUGCAUUUUAGAUGAUAGAGAGUAAUAAGGAGACGAAAGAAACCGUUUCAGUUGUAUGAAAAUCUUUACAGUGAUUGCACGGAUAUCUUCUUUUUUUUCUUGCUCUAUAAAACGUGUAAUAUGUGUGGUUACGAAACGAGAAUGCAAAGUACUGCAGAGACAGUGGUAUCGGCGUCCGUUCAGUUGUACAUUAUUCGCUUUAAUUUUUAAUGUUUAUUUUUUUCCUCUUAGUUAAGUCAUACAAUAUUAAUAAUAAUUAUCGAUAAUAUAUCAUAUUGCUAAACAUAAUGGUUACAUUAAUGAAUAACAAAUAAAUAUAACGUACGAGCAUUAAAAAGUUGAAAAAAAAACAUUUGAAAAGUGUUAUCAUGGACGGGUAAAAUAAAUAAAGACAUCACUGAGCGAGAUAUUCUUUGUUGAAGUAUUAUAUAUAAAUAGUGUGCGACGUUAGCGAACGUUAACUAUAUGGAAAAGAAUAUAAAUAUUAUAUAUCUAUGAAAAUAUGAAAUUAUUUGUGAAUGUGCGUAUGAGGAAUUUCAGUUUAUCAACAUCAACAAGCGACAAUAUUGCUAAUAUUAAACAAAAGAUACACAUUUUAGGUAUAUUAUGGAUGGUAUAUUGUUUUUCGUGUAUGAAUGAUACGCAUGUUGAAUUUUAUGAAGUUUUGUGUGUAAAAGUUUCCCUCAUAUCGUUAAGCUCGUGAUUUGACUGGAAUAUUUCGGAUGCGCUUGAACUCGUCUUAAUUAUUGAAAUGAACUUUUGAUUGUAAGAUAAUAUUGAAUACUUAAUGAGUAUCUAAAAAUGUAGAUGAAGACGAUCUUUACAAAUACUACAUGUAUCAGUGAAGUAGUCACGGGGGACUGAGAUUAAGAAUCCAUCUAUUGUUGCAUAGUCUCUCAUGUUUUAAACACCUAAUCGAAUUUUCGACUGAAUCAUGUUAUGUAGAUUUUUUCUUGUGGUUUUUAAAAUUUGUUCCGAUUGAUUUAUUAAUCUAUUUUUUAAUUGUAAAAAUGUUGUAUCAGUUUGUAAUUUUAAUGAUGUUUUACCUAAUUAAACUUAUCUUUCAUAACAUUUUGAAACGAGUUGGUUGAAUUUUUAAUUAAUAUUUACUAAAAUCAUGUGCGUUUUCGAACAUAUUAUCAGAAUGUCUUAUAACUAUAGUUGUAAAUUUCUAUUCAUUUUAUUUUAAUUCAUAUAAAACUCCUAACAGCUUUACGAAUAUGUCAAACUGUUUAGUCCUUAUGUUUUUAUCACGGAAAUGGAUCAUUUUUAAAUGUAAGCGUAAGGACUACUCUCGUGUAACGUAUUUAGCAUACUGCGAUACAAAUAAUUCGCUAACAGCAAAACGCCUAAUGGUAAUAAAAAAAUCCUUUAAGUAAUGUGUCUAUAAAUGUAGUGCAAUCAAAGUACGCUAACGUAUGUGUGCACAAACAACAAAAAGCAUUUAAAACCUAAGAAGAGAUUGAUCAAUAAUUGUAACCACUAUUAUAAUCGUUAUGGAAAAUUUUAUAGUUAUAAAGUGUUAAUGAAUCGUGGGACGAUUGAGCGAAUGAUCUUGUUGAGUUUAAAUAAAAUGUUCUGGAUUUUUUCGGUGAUAAUUUUCUUUAUCGAUCGCUUUAAGUGUGCUGUUCCGGACGGAUAAAUUAAUAACAUGCAUAAAAACUAUAUCCUUGACUUGAGAAUUUUCAAAAAGAGGGAAAUACAUCACAGAUGCGCAGUGAAUGACCAUCAUAAAUCUAUGCGCAAAGGAUGAAAACAAAAUCACAUUUUAAAGAAUACAAUUUUACAGCAGAUUUGAGUUUUUGGACAGUCAAGUGUUAUAGUUGUACGUGAAACUGUACUAUGUAUAUUUAAACAAUAUAAAUAUUAAGCGUAGCUUCAUAAUUUAUCGGUGGGUACGUCAUACAAAUAUUUCCAAGUACCCUUGAUAUACAUUUAUGAAAAAUAAAAACAUACAAAAAAAAUGAAAUUACAGGAUCACAUAUGAUACAAAUAUUAUAUAGCUCUUUGAUGUUUCAGUUGAGGGAAAUAUGUAUAUUCACAUAGGAUGAAAUAAGAAUUGCUACAUGAUAUUCGAAUGAUAAUACGAACGGAUAUUAUGAUGGAUAUAUUUAUUAGAGAGACGAAUGUCAGCCCGGGAGCGUAGAGGAAACUGUAAAAAAACGUAAAUCGUGGCCAGGCAUAAUUUUUAUAAAAUUGUGCGCGUAUUUAUCCACUUAAAAAUGGCUUUGUAAAAGUAUCGAUUAUAUUUUGUAUACAAUUAAGUAUAUAGCGUAUAUAUAUUUGUUUGUAUAAAAGUGAAUUUUUUUUAUUAUGAUUUUUCGUAGCUGCAAAAAUCCCAAUAUAUAUUGUAAUUCAGCCUCGAAUCAAAGUAGACGGAUAUAAAUGAAAAAAAA